AUGGCGAGUGGCUCAUUGACAUUCAAAAGCAAGAAUGCUGGCCCGGGUUCGUCCCUACGCAUCACUCCCUCCAAUUCGCCCGGUGUGAGAGCUCCCCGGUCUCCUAACAAGGUCUCCUUGCACCAAUCCACCCUAUCCCUCCGGACGGUAAUCGGUACGACUACGACGAACCCGAACGGCUUUUCCAGCCACGACCAAAGCAGAUCGUUUGCGCUAUGCGCCGGUUCGGCGGCCAUUCUGGCGGAGCUGGAUGAUGAGAACAAUGUAAACCAACGCUUUUUCAAAGCACGACCCUCCGCGAGCAGCAUCAAUCCCGUUACGUCUUUCUACAACCAAUCUACGCCUCCAUCGACGCCCGAUACGAGAGCGAAAUCGAUAUCCAGCAUCAGAGCAAAUGCGCACAGUAACACCCACAAUGGAUCUCCGUCCAGUGACCUGGCCGAGAGUAACAGCCCGCGUUCCUGGUCGUCUAGGGAAAGGAUAAAGGCGGUUACCAGUGUGUCGAUCAGCCCGAACGGGAGAUUUCUUGCUGUAGGAGAGACUGGAUACAGCCCGCGAGUCUUGAUCUUCUCUACGGCGAAAGACGCAUCCCCGGAGGUUCCCCUGUCGAUUUUGACCGAGCACACCUUCGGCGUUCGCAGCGUCUCUUUUAACUCUAACUCCCAAUAUCUCGCCACUCUUGGAGAGGUGAAUGACGGUUUUCUCUUCGUGUGGGCUUGCAUCAACAUUGUUCGCCACAUGGGCUGGACGGGACAGAGUUUAGUCACCGUCGGCGUUCGACAUGUGAAGGUAUGGCGCCUCCCGGAAGCAAGACCUGUAUCGCCAUCGAAGUCUCGCCUGAAUGCGGAUCCGACCGCCAGUUCUCCCAGCCUGGCUCCGAAAGCGCUUUCGGGACGAAGCUGUCUCCUCGGGUCCUUCGGAAAUUGCAUAUUCACCUGUGUCGCAGGCAUAUCAGACAAUGAAGCUGUGGUAGGCACCGAGGACGGUGCUCUCUGCCUCCUGGACGACAGCGAGGUAUCUCCAAGACUAUCUCUGAUCAAGUACGUGGGGUUCAGCAUCUCAUCUUUGACCAUUGAUCCGGAUCGCGGUUGUCUCUGGGUCGGUGGUCGGGAAAAGAGGAUGCAGAAGUUCUCUUUGGAGUCACUCCGGCCGACGAGCCCGAUUUCGCCAGGUCCUUCCGGUCGAACCUCAGCCGGUAAAAAGGCCAAGGGACCUGCGAUUACUUGUAUGGGAUCCCUAGGAUCGCAUCUAGUGACAGUCGAUUCCAGCAAAGAAAUCCAGAUUCAUCGGGUAGAGUCAAUAAGUAAUGAUGGCGAGAGACCACUUGCGAUUGCCGCUCAUAAAGAUGCGGUUCUCGGCAUUUCUCCGUUACCAGACCUCAAUGAACUCCAGGCCGACUUCUUCACGUGGUCAUCCAAAGGGACCGUGAAUUUUUGGGAUACAAAGGAUUUGAAGCUCUUCGUGUCGGGAGAUAAGAUGGGUGUUUUGAGUAUCCUCUUAGGACAGUCAUGGAAAUGUGUCAAUCAGAUUCGGGCUCACGAGGCAGAGAUCACAGACGUGGCCCUUCACUCGGCCCCCGAUUGCUGUCUCAUUGCCAGUUCUGGUCGAGAUCGCAUGGUUCAGCUUUUUCGUAGCACUGAAGAAAGCUUGGAACUUGUGCAGACCCUGGAUGAUCAUGUCGGAUCUGUGAACCAGUUACUUUUUAUCAAGAAUGGCGAGAAGCUUCUCUCGUGCUCCUCAGAUCGCACAGUGUUCGUUCGAGAACGCAUGACUCGAGAAGCCAGCGGGGAAUCAGCUGUUGCAUAUCUGGCAUCCAGGACUGUCACACUUAAGGCGUCUCCGGUCUCCAUGACUCUAUCUACAGAAGAUCCAAAUAUGCUAAUCAUAUCCACCGUUGAUCGUUGUAUACAACAGUAUGAUCUUGAUUCAGGGAAGCACAUUCGCUCUUUCCGGACUACCGACUCAGAUUCAAACGACACCGUGGUCAUGACUGCUCUGAGCAUGGCUUCCCAGAUUCCAGGGCAAAGUCCCACGCUGCUUAUCGGAGUCGCAAGCACGGACAAAUCAAUUCGCGUGUACGAUAUGGAACGCGAAGUGCUUCUUACUGCCGAGUUUGGGCAUGCAGAAGGCGUGAGCGAUGUUUGCUUACUGACUAGAGAUUCUGAUUUCCUCGGGAAACCUACUAGUCGAACACUGGUUAGCGCUGGUAUUGAUGGUGUAGUCAUGAUAUGGCAUUUACUGGUGCAACCACAGCAAUCUCAGGAUUAUACCCAAAACAAUCUAUCAGAGGAAGAAAUCGACGCUGGGUCGAAGAAUCUGACAGUCUCCAAGCCGCCUCUGCGCAAGAUUCUAUCCAAACACGAGCUUGCUGGAUUUCAGCGACAAGACAACAUCACAGGAACCCCAACCCCAGUGCGGGACUCCUCACAGUUCUUGACUCACAAGAUUUCCAAAAUCUCACUCACACCCUCUUCCUUGAAAAAUGAAAAUAUGGCACCGGCUACGCCUUCUUUUUCUUCAAGAUCUGACUGUCGCCCUCCCCCUUCUCAAUCUCGCCUUGAGAAGUUACGCAAGUCACCAUCCCCAACCACAAGGUCCACACCCGGUAAAAAGCUCAGCAAAUCAAGCAAUCAUACUCGUCGAAUAUCCUUGGACUUCCGCUCCCGUGGCCGAAACUCGUCAAAGAGUGAAUCUGGGGGUCUGAAUUUGUCUACCGAGCAGGUUUGCCGCACAUUGAAGGCUUACAGGAAAAAGCUGCAUACCUCUACAGAGCAUCUCCACUCCCAGAAGGAACUGGAGCGCGAACUGGACCUCACACUUCGAGUCCUGGCUGCUCGAACUAAGAAUUGUGGAAAUAUGGAGACUGAGACGGACAGCAGCGGAAAGGAAAAUGACAGCAAACAUAAUUCCCUACCAGGUCCACAUCGAAUACACUCGACUUCGAAUCUGCGCCAAAACGGCGCUUAUCAGCGCUCGAGAAUCGUAUGUUCUAAUGAUAAUGGCGAAAAUUCGAGCGAAUAG